ACAGUUUGCAAUAUCGAUUCAUCAACAAGCGAAGCGCCGGCGCCGGUUCAGAAAAACAAAAAUAUUUUUGGGAGCGGAGAAAUCGUUAAAAAUGACGAAGGUGCUGACGAGACAAGGAAAGCUUAAACAAGUCGAACGAAACGGUGCGGUGAUGUCGCACGAUUUAGAUGAUAGUGUUUACAAAAAUGGGUCACUGAAAGAAGGUAAAACUGAAGAGGUCCACCGCUACUCCAUGUUAUUACGUGAAGAUCAAAUCCCACAAGCUUUCCGCACCGAGUUUCUUACGACAAGAUACCGGCCGCGAAACCUGACCGCUCUCGAUAGCGUGAAGAGUGUUUUCUACGCCAACAACGAGACAGUAAAUUUCUGGAGCCAUGUUCUCUCCGCCGUGAUACUCAUUGCCCGCUACUGCUCAGUGGUGUGGAACCAUAAUCCUUUCACUGAUCAUUUUUAUUUUCCACUGAUGUCGUACACUCUCGGCUGCUGCAUUAUGUACACGAUGAGUUGUGUGGCCCAUAUGUUCAGCUCUAUGACCGAGCUACAAAACCACAUCGGGUACUACCUGGAUUACGCUGCUAUCAGCGUAUACACAUUUACCAAUGGCCAAGCCUUCUAUUUUUACUGCCAUCCACUGGGAUCUGGGCUCCUUUUGUUCGACUGGCGGGAGUUGUUCCUAUUCGUUUCAGCCCUGAUUUCGUUCAGUGCCACUUUCAACUGUUGCAAGUCUCGUCAUCAGUGGUUCGAUCUCCGUUUCAUCGUCCGCACCGGUUUCUACAUCCUAUCCUGGUUGCACAACUGUUCACCGUACUUCGUUCGUCUGUUUGUGUGCUCUUCUGAUCCUGCAUGCAAUCCCGAUUCUCUUGGUCUCUUCGUAGGGUGUCUUAUCUCGUUCGCCGCCGCUGCCUUAAUGAAUAUGACCCGAAUACCUGAACGGUUCGUUCCCGGGUUCUUCGAUUUUAUCGGGCAAAGUCACAACUUUCUUCAUGUGCUUACCACUACAGGUGACCAUUUUGCAUUCUCCGUUCUCCUUUCGGAUCUCUCAGCCAGAAAAGAAUUCCUCGUCACGGAACAUACACCGAGUUUUUUCGAGACGAUCGGUUUGACUCUUUUAGUUCUGGUUGGGAAUCUCGCUAUCGUACUCUGGUUUGCUAGGUCUUUAAUUUCGAAUUCAUUCGGUAAAAUUGGACAUGAUAAAUCUACUUAAACUGAACUUUUAUAUUUCUGCGAAGGAAGGCGAGAAGUUCGCCUAUGUUGCAAAUACUGUAAUUUGAUCGAAGUGGAUGUUUCUUCCAAAAGUAAAAUUUAUGUUAAGUUUGCCAUUGUUUUUCUAAAGAGGAACG